AUGACCAUUGAAAAAGUUAAAAAUCAAUUAAUAAAUAUUUCUGCAGUUUGCAUGACCACAGAUGGCUGGACUUCAUUAAAUAAUGAAAGUUUUGUUGCAGUCACGGUUCAUUUUAUCGACCCUUCAAAUGAAACACAGCUGUCAUCAGUAUUGCUAGGUUGUACCAAUUUCCGUGAGAGAUUUACUGCAGAGAACUUAGCGAUUUUUUUAAGAAAUACUUUAGAUGAGUGGAACUUGAAUAAUAAAAUAGCUGGUGUGAUAAGUGACAAUGCUAGCAAUAUUAAAUCUGCAUUACAAAAAUGCAACUGGUGGUAUUUGUCUUGUUUUGCUCAUUCGAUCAAUUUGGUUGUUCAGACAAGUUUGAAAUCCAUUGAGCCAACUAUACUAAAAGCAAAGACAAUUAUCAAGUUUUUUAAGAAAAGUUCCCACGCUUUAGGAAAAUUACAAGAUUUUCAAAAACAAACUGGUUUACCUCAACUAAAGCUUAAAUUGGACUGA